UCCACCGCGUCUCCUCUCCCCUCUCCCCCCUCACACUCUCCCCCCUCACCCUGCUCCACACUCACCCAAUGCUUAAACACACAUGGAAGGAGCAUCUGAAAAUGUGAAUCAAGGAGGAAGGGGGCUGGCACUGGAUUCUCGCCUUAGGGGCCAAAUGUCAUCUUGGGAAAUGCAAAUGAAGUCUACAUCAACAGCCGGAGAGACAGAGAGAAGGCUUUCAUUGCAAUUCUGAGCUCAGUUGCCGUCUCUCUCUCUCUCUGUGUAUAUAUACACGGUGCUUUUAAAACGCCAGAUUCGGUCUCUACAAGCAUGGGGCGUCAGGCUUUGCAAACUGCUUGGACUUAAAAGGAUUCAUCUACCCCCACCCCCCAGACAGAUUGGACCCCUCUCUCCCCACCCCCCCCAACUCAAAUGCUCCAAGUCAGCGGCAGCUCCUGGGGAGGGAGAGCUGGGGGAAUCCGCCCAGAUUAUUCACCCUGCCCUCAGGGUUUUAGCCUGGCGUUGAUGUGAGGGGCUUCUCGUCUGGAUUUGACUUUCUUUAACCACUUCGAGCGGCCCCCUUCUGGAGCAUGUCUUCAGGACACCCUCUUCCACUCCGGAGAAAGCAAGGCUUGAAGAGUAAUGAAGCAAACCAUUAGCAUCUGCUGUACAAAACUUCAGUAACCAGAUGUGUUAAACAGUGUCUGCCAAAAAAAAACAACUCACUAAAGAAGAUGUCACCGUCUGUCUGGAAACUUUGGGUCCUGUGGUGCUUUAUUGUCCUUGGUGGGUGGUUACCAUUUACAAAAGGCUUCAGCCGAGCUGCCUUGCCAUUUGGGCUGGUGAGGAGGGAACUUUCCUGCGAGGGCUAUGCCAUCGACUUGCGCUGUCCAGGGAGUGACGUCAUUGUGAUCGAGAGUGCCAACUACGGCCGGACAGACAACAGGAUCUGCGACGCUGACUUCUUCCAGAUGGAGAAUGUGCAAUGCUACCUCCCAGAUGCCUUCAAGAUCAUGACGCAGAGGUGCAACAACCGAACACAAUGUGUAGUGGUAACGGGGUCAGAUGUGUUCCCCGACCCUUGUCCAGGGACAUACAAAUAUCUUGAGGUCCAAUAUGAAUGCGUCCCCUACAUUUUUGUUUGCCCUGGGACUCUGAAAGGGGUUGUGGAGUCAGCCUAUGUGACGGAGGCUGAGCAGCAGUCUGGUGCCUGGUGUAAAGACCCCCUGCAGGCUGGGGACAAGAUUUAUUAUAUGCCAUGGACACCGUAUCGCACAGACACCCUGAUGGAGUAUGCCACAUUAAGUGACUUCGUCUCUGGACGCCACACGACCACCUACAAGCUGCCUCACCGCGUUGAUGGCACUGGGUUUGUGGUCUAUGAUGGGGCGGUGUUCUUCAACAAGGAGCGGACGAGGAACAUUGUCAAGUAUGACCUGAGGACUCGAAUCAAGAGCGGGGAGGCCAUCAUUGCCAGCGCCAACUACCACGACACCUCCCCCUACCGCUGGGGCGGCAAGUCGGACAUCGAUCUAGCAGUGGACGAGAACGGCCUGUGGGUCAUCUAUGCCACCGAGCAGAACAACGGCAUGAUGGUGGUCAGCCAGCUGAACCCUUACACGCUACGCUUCGAGGGCACCUGGUACACCUCGUACGACAAGAGGUCAGCCUCUAACGCCUUCAUGAUCUGCGGCGUUCUGUACGUGGUGCGUUCAGUCUAUGAGGAGAACGAGAGCGAGACGGGCAAGAACUCGAUAGACUACAUGUACAAUACCAACCUGAGGCGAGAGGAGUUUGUUGACAUCCCCUUUCCCAAUCCCUACCAGCAUGUAGCAGCUGUGGAUUACAAUCCACGGGACAACAUGCUGUAUGUGUGGAAUAACUACUUCAUCCUGAGGUACGCUCUGGAGUUUGGACCUCCUGAUCCAGCCCAAGAACCCACCACCAUCGAGACCACAUCCUUGGUGACUACUGGCAUGAAGACCACGCUGGCCACCACAACCUCGACGACCAUGGAGAGAGCACCCGCCACUACCACCCUGGCAGUGGGCACCAAGGAGGGCAGCCGUGGGCCCAAACUGGGGCUCCCCGAUGUCGGGACAAAAACGCCGACAGUGUCCAGUUUCCUCCCAGUCCCGGAGAGAUUCUGUGGGGCGACACAUGCCCGGGAAAUAGGUUGGCCUCAGACCCAGCAAGGACUCUUGGUGGAGCGCCCAUGUCCUAAAGGCACUCGUGGCACUGCCUCUUAUCUCUGUAUGGUUUCUACGGGAUUGUGGAACCCUAAGGGUCCUGAUCUUAGCAACUGUACAUCACACUGGGUGAACCAAGUGGCACUGAAGAUCCGGAGUGGGGAAAACGCCGCCAAUCUGGCAAAUGAAUUGGCCAAGCACACCAGGGGACCCAUCUACGCAGGCGACGUCAGCUCCUCAAUCAGGCUGAUGGAACAGCUCGUCGACAUUUUGGAUGCCCAGCUCCAGGAGCUACGACCCAGUGAGAAAGACACCGUGGGUCGCAGUUUCAAUAAGCUCCAAAAAAGAGAGAGGACUUGUCGGGCGUAUAUUAAGGCCAUCGUAGACACCGUUGACAAUCUGCUGAGACCGGAAGCUCUGCAGUCGUGGAAGGAUAUGAAUGCAACAGAACAGGCCCACGCGGCGACGCUGCUGCUCGAUACAUUGGAAGAAGGUGCCUUCGUCUUGGCCGACAACCUCAUGGAGCCAACCACCGUCACGGUGCCCACUGAUAACAUAGUUUUGGAGGUUGGUUUGCUGAUAACAGAGGGCCAGGUGAAAGAUCUGAGGUUUCCCCAGGGCUAUAUGGGUGGGAACUCGAUCCACCUCUCAGGCAACACCAUCAAGCAAAACAGCCGGACUGCAAAACUGGUCUUCACACUCUACAAGAGCCUGGGGCAGUUCCUGACCACGGAGAACGCGACAAUCAAGAUGGCGGGUGACGGAACUGGGCGUAAUUACUCAAUCGCAGUGAACUCGCACAUCAUCGCGGCUUCCAUUAACAAGGAAUCCAGCCGCAUAUAUGUGACGGAACCAGUGGUCUUCACCCUGGCACACAUUGAUCCUGACAACUACUUCAAUGCCAACUGCUCGUUCUGGAGUUACUCAGAGCGCACCAUGACUGGGUUCUGGUCCACUCAGGGGUGCAAGCUGAUUGACACCAACAGGACUCACACCAAGUGUGAGUGCCGACACCUGACCAACUUUGCCAUCAUCAUGGCGCACAAGGAAAUUGAGUUCUCCACUGAGAUACACGAGCUGAUCCUGUCCAUCAUCAGCUGGGUGGGAAUUGUCAUCUCCCUCAUCUGCUUGGCCAUUUGCAUCUUCACUUUCUGCUUCUUCCGGGGUCUCCAGAGCGACCGCAACACCAUCCACAAGAACCUCUGCAUGAAUCUGUUUAUAGCAGAAUUUAUCUUCCUGGUGGGCAUCGAUAAGGUUGACUAUGAGAUUGCCUGCUCCAUAUUUGCAGGGGUGCUGCACUUUUUCUUCCUGGCUGCCUUUGCCUGGAUGUGCCUGGAAGGUGUUCAGCUCUAUCUCAUGCUGGUUGAGGUCUUUGAGAGUGAGUACUCCAGGAAGAAGUAUUUUUACCUGUGUGGCUACCUCCUUCCAGCAAUCAUCGUAGGUGUCUCAGCAGCUGUGGACUAUAAGAGCUACGGGACAAAGAAAGCCUGCUGGCUGAGGAUUGAUAAUCAUUUCAUUUGGAGCUUUCUUGGACCCGUUUGCUUAAUCAUUUUGGUCAACCUCGUCUUCUUGUGCAUCACCGUGUACAAAAUGGUGAAGCACACGCCAACGUUGAAACCAGACUCAAGCAGGUUGGAGAACAUCAAGUCUUGGGUUCUGGGUGCUUUUGCUCUGCUUUGUUUACUUGGCUUGACUUGGGGAUUUGGACUACUCUUCAUCAAUGAGGAAUCUAUCGUAAUGGCCUAUCUCUUCACAAUCUUCAACGCUUUCCAAGGAAUGUUUAUUUUUCUCUUUCAUUGUGCUCUUCAGAAAAAAGUCCGUAAAGAAUACAGCAAGUGUUUCCGUCAUUCACAGUGCUGCAGCGGGUUAACUGGUGACAGCUCCCAUAGCUCCGCCAAGGCCUCGACGAGUAGGACCAGCGCUCGGUACUCCUCUGGCAGCCAGAGUCGUAUUAGAAGGAUGUGGAAUGACACUGUGCGAAAACAAUCAGAAUCUUCCUUUAUCUCAGGUGAAAUCAACAGCACUUCAACACUUAACCAAGGUCAUUCACUGAACAACGGGAGGGACAACAGCGCGAUGGAUACUCUACCACUUAACGGGAACUUCAACAACAGCUACUCGAUUCGGAACGGGGAUUUCUCCAAUGACAGUGUGCAGGCGUUGGACUGCGGCUUGAGCCUGGGCGACACGGCCUUCGAGAAGAUGAUCAUCUCCGAGCUGGUACACAACAAUCUCCGGGGCAGCCACAAGGCGCCGAACCUCGAGCGCAACCUGCCCGCCAAGAUGGCCGCCGCCGACCGAGGCCUGCCUGCCAAGAUGGCCACCGUCGCCAACAACAACAGCAGCAGCAGCGAGGACGACGCCAUCGUGGCCGACGCUUCGACCCUGGCGCGCGGAGACCGGCCCGGCCAGGCUCGGCAGCCCGAACUGGAGGCUCCGCUGAUCCCUCAGCGCACCCACUCCCUCCUCUACCACCAGCAGAAGCGGGCCGAGCCUGAAGCCGAGGCCCAGGCGGCUGAGCUUUCCGCCAAGGCCCAGGACUCGGUGCAGUCGCCCAACAGAGACUCCCUGUACACGAGCAUGCCGAACCUGAGGGACUCCCCAUAUCCACAGAGCAGCCCUGAACCAGAGGAAGAUCUGUCGCCCUCCAAGAGGAGUGAGAAUGAGGACCUUUACUACAAAAGUAUGCCCAAUCUCGGUGCUGGGAACCAACUUCAGACAUAUUAUCAAAUCAGCAGGGGCAACAGUGACGGAUAUAUUAUCCCCAUUAACAAGGAAGAAGCGAUCCCAGAAGGGGAUGUGAGGGAAGGACAGAUGCAACUGAUAACAAGCCUUUGAAACGCAAUCACUAAAAACAAAAACUCAACUCUAAAACAAACACACUGAGAUAAGGACGUCUAAUAGGUGCCACCCCUCGUACGUACCCAAACGGACAGUCCAGCCACCUGUGGUGCUUUUUACAUUGUACAGGAACAAAAUUUUAAAAAAACAGCUGGCUCCUGCAACUCUGACGUGACACAGGGAACGGACUGUGGCGACACAGAAACUGUCUUGUUCUUUUGCAAACUGAACCAUAAAAGUCACCUGGGGUCUUCUGUGUCUUUGUGCCGAUGCCUUGGGAGAACUUCUGGCUAUUCCAGUGCAGCUGUUUUUGAACACAGUUGUGUGUGUGUGUGUGAGUGUGUGUGCGUGUGUAUAUAUAAAUAUAAAUAUAUAUAUAGAGUUGCACCUUGCAUUCCUCAAGCCCUCCACUUCCUACCCAAUCCAGUGGGUCAGGGAGCCAGCCAACGAUGGGAAGACCUUGCAAUAGUUGUGUGUAGUACCUUAAUUGUUCCCCCCUUCACAAGAGAGGCUUUGUCGAACGCAGAGAUGAACUGUGCUUCAUUGGCCGCUUUCCUUAAAGGGCCGGUCGUCUCCUCGCUGAUUGGUGAAUGGAGACACCCCUCCCGUCCAGCCAAUAGCAGCCCAGCCACAGGCCUUACACAUCACGUUCAUUACUCAGCUGUACAGCUUCUCUGUUCUCACUGAGAAAAGGCUAAAGAAAAUAUAUAUUUUGUUGUAUUGCUAUUGUAAAAUAAAUCAAAUACAUUGUCAGACCUGAGAAUUUUAAACAGUUGGAUGAAAAUAUUGUGAGAGACUCCCGGACUGCACUGGAUGAUGAAAUGUGUUUCUCUUCUUUCGUUUGCAACUUGUCCUCCGUGCAGAGCCAGCCAGAAGCAUUCCCCCUUUUCCUCUUUUGAGCUCCACCCUUCUUGGUUUUAAGGGAAAGCCUCUCUUCCUGUUUCCCUGAAUUUGCCACCUCUAGUGGUUUUGUUCUUUGGCCCAGAUGAGUUAAGCCCCUUUCGAUCUUCGCUGAGUCAUUCAAACCAGUUGUGCCAAGUCUGAUGAGCAUCAUUAAAUCAAUCUCCAUUUAUUUUGACUGUAAUAUACUUGAUGGGGUGA